ACCUAAAAACGGACCGUCCCGAUCCGUGCCCACCCCUAAUUACAUUAAACGCAAGGGUCGGUCCGGUGCAAUUAAUGAAAAAGCAUCCAUUCUGCUGGAAUUCGUCUUUCGGGUCGACCCGCCCCGUUGGACGAUUCCCACUUUCUUUUAGGCUGCAAAUAAAAAGAAAAUGGAGAAACCUUAGCUUGGGCUACACGAGAGAGAAAGAGAGAGGCAGAGAGGCGACAGUGAUGGCUCGGCAAGCGACGAAAUUGAUCACUAACUUGUCGAAGGCGCUGAGACCUAGCACGCCAUCUCCGCUGUGGCAGCAGAAACAGAACCGAUUCUUCGGAUCUCAGCCGCCGCCGCCGGAAGUUUUCGUCGACAAGAACACCCGCGUCAUAUGCCAGGGAAUCACGGGGAAAAACGGAACGUUCCACACCGAACAGGCCAUCGAAUAUGGAACCAAAAUGGUUGGUGGUGUGACCCCCAAAAAGGGUGGUACGGAGCACCUGGGGCUUCCAGUUUUCAACUCUGUUGCAGAGGCCAAAGCUGAAACAAAGGCUAAUGCUUCUGUAAUAUAUGUCCCUCCGCCCUUUGCUGCUGCUGCCAUCAUGGAGGCAAUGGAAGCUGAAUUAGAUUUGGUGGUGUGCAUCACAGAGGGAAUUCCUCAGCACGAUAUGGUCAAAGUGAAAGCUGCUCUUAAGAGACAGUCAAAGACUCGUCUCAUUGGUCCAAAUUGCCCUGGUAUCAUCAAACCAGGUGAAUGCAAAAUUGGAAUUAUGCCUGGAUACAUUCACAAACCUGGACGUAUUGGGAUUGUUUCUAGAUCUGGAACAUUGACAUAUGAAGCGGUUUUCCAAACAACAGCUGUUGGCCUAGGUCAAUCAACUUGUGUGGGGAUUGGUGGGGACCCUUUCAACGGUACAAAUUUUGUUGAUUGCUUAGAGCGGUUUGUUGCUGAUCCACAGACUGAAGGUAUUGUUCUUAUUGGCGAGAUAGGUGGUACUGCAGAGGAGGAUGCUGCAGCUUUCAUCAAGGAAAGUAAAACUGAGAAGCCUGUUGUUGCUUUUAUUGCUGGACUUACUGCCCCACCUGGACGGAGAAUGGGCCAUGCUGGAGCUAUAGUUUCAGGGGGGAAAGGUACGGCUCAAGACAAAAUCAAGACCCUUAAAGAAGCCGGAGUGACAGUGUGUGAGUCUCCAGCGAAAAUUGGAACCACGAUGCUUGACGUCUUCAAACAGAGGGGUCUUCUUGUGUAAUAAACACAGCCAAUUGUGGCCGAUAGCAUAAUUUAUUUUUUUUUGGGUUUGUUACUGGAAUCUUCCAUUGAACUCUUUAUCUUUUUGGGAUGAACAAGGCAGCUGUGCUGCUGGGUAUUCUUUAAAGCUAUAAGCUUAUCUUUGAUGAGAUUGAGAAUCUUGUGCACAUUUUGCAGAGUUUGUCACCUGCCAAAUUUAAAGGGACUACUGCUUCGCUUCUUUAUCUUU